CUGUCAUCACUGCCCGGACAAAAUAAAUUUUUAAAAAACAACAUAAAAAUUACACAUCAAAUUAUUUUAAACCUAAGAAUAUUUAAAAAAUCGCCUUGAUGCCCCGCUACUAUUGUUCUGAUUCCAAUGAAUCACUUCAAGAACUGAAAGAGUUUUUCAAAACGCACUUAACAAAGGAAGAUCGAUAUUUCUGCGUGUUAGAGAGCAAAUCGAAAAACACGAUCAGGAUCGACGUUAGUUCAAUAAAUCCUUCUGAAAAAAGUGUAUGGCAACCAGGAAUCGUACGACAAGCUUGCGAUGAUGUUUUAGCGAGAAUGAACAUCGGUUUUCUGAAUAAAAUAAAUGUGAAAGAAAGUGACUUAUCAUCAGCUUGAAAAAUGAACAUAAACAAACCCUCAAUUUCUAAAGAAUUCCUUCUCAACGCAGCUGUUGACGAUGCCAUUCGAAUUUUAUUUAGACCUUACGUUUCGCCAGAAUCACCCGAUGGAACGAAUUCGAAUGUACGAAUUCGUUUUUGGAAAAAUGAAGGAGGAUAUUGGACAAACCAGGAAGAGCGACUCGAAAGUUCCGGAAAGCACUUUUUCAUGAGAAUGGCAAUGAUCGCUUGGGAUUUUCUGAACGUUUAUAACGUCUUUCAAAAGUCAUGAAACUCUCAUUUUUACAUAGAUAAAGUUUAGAAAUACUUUUAGGUUUAAUUUAAUCGAGGCUGCCCUCGAUUAAAAAGAAUAUAUGAUUUUGUAAACGCUUUCAUCCACAACUCAUUUGUACUAUAUUUAAACAAAAAAACUCUUCAGACUCAAUUUAUACA